AGUGUGUGAUAUAAAAAAAGGCCAUUGACAUUGUCAAUAUAAAUAAUUUUGUGAUUUUGAUUUUAAUUUGAUGUGGUUGUUGUUUAUUUUUUUAAUUAAAUAGGUAUAAUGCCUGAUUUUAGAAAAUUAUGUCGUGCUUGCCUUAGUGCUAUAGAUACUAUUAUAUAUAAUUUAUUUGAGAAUGUUUCACCCGAUGUUUAUUGGUUUUGUACUAAUGUUGAGGUUGUUAAAGACGACAAUCUGCCAAGAUCAAUAUGCAAAACCUGUUACAACCUAAUUAAAAAGUUUUCAGAAUUCAAAAAGACAUGUUUGCAAUCCCAGAAUACUCUGUUGAACUAUUAUUCUGCUGCGCUAGAAAAUAGAAAGCCUGAUUGGCUGAACAAUGACCCUAGAGAAAUAGAUACACAGAAAGAUGUUUCACAUAAGUUUGAAGUAAAACUUGAAACUGUUAUAGUCAAAGUCGAGGACAUUGAUGCAAAUUAUGAUGAUUUUGAUUCAACAGAGCUUCCCAUUGAAGUGGAUGUUAAAGUUAAAGAAAAUAGAUCACAUAAAAAUGCAAUAGUAAAAACAGCAAGCGGAAGGAAAAAGAUAAAAUGUGACUUGUGUAGCAAAUGUUUUGUUUCUCAGGAAAGAUUCAAAGUUCACAAAUUGGCACAUGAAACGAAAAAGUCACUAAAAUGUACGCCUUGUGAGAAAACCUUCAUAACAUGGAGCGGGCUGAGGCGACACAACGCGAGCUGCCACGAACGCGUCAGUCUGAAAACUCUGAAGUGUAGCACUUGCGGCAAAAUUGCCAAGAGCCGCGAAUCUUUGCGCAUGCAUGAGAAAGCGCACAGAAAGAGGAAUUUAUUUAUAUGCAAUGUGUGCGGCAAGGGGUGCACUACUAGUGGGGUGCUGAAGGCCCAUCUGGAAACACACAAAGAAAAUCGGGAACGUCACUGCACGUGCGACCAAUGUGGGAAAAAGUUCUACACAAACAAGACCCUGGAUUCGCACAUACAAAAGUGUCACACGGGCAAACGAUACAUCUGCCAAGUAUGCAGCUUCCCAUUCACUGACAAAUACAACUUGGCAAAACAUUUGUUGAACCACGACGGCAAAGGCACAGUUUUCAAGUGUGAAGAUUGCAACAAGUCGUAUACUUCGCGAACUUCAUACAUAGAACAUCAGAGAAUGCAUUCUGGAGAACGCCCGUUUGUAUGUAGUUACUGUUCGAAGUCUUUUACGUCUAAGAAGAGGUUGACGGAGCAUCAUCGCAUUCACACUGGAGAGAAACCUCAUAAGUGUUCUGUGUGUGAGCAUAGUUUUGCACAGCGAGGAACUUUGAAUCGACAUAUGAAGGUUCAUUAUAGAAUCGUUCCUGCAGUUAAUGAAUAAAGAUGUUGUUACCCAUAUCCACUACAGGCUACCGUGGCUUAAAUAGAAACAGUGCCUCAAUAGUCAACCGAGGCACUCCACACUUUGAGGCUUUCGCCUGGCACUAUUUCAGUUUAUUUUUGUAUGACUGGUAUGAUUAGUGUACGACCACGGCUGUGUCCGUAUAGUAUUUACUUUAGACAGGCACAUAAAAUUUAAGAAAUAAAAAUCCAGGAUUAAAUCUCGAAUAAAAUUGUUUUAUUUAUUCAGCGAACUUAAUAUAUCACAAGCAUUAAUUAGUAACAUUUUGUAAAAUUUUUUUUUUUUGAAAUUGGAUAAAACAUAUUUUGACAUACACAGUAGAUAUUUGUAAAUAAGUUUAGAUUUCUUUUUACAUAUGAAAUUUAUUUAUUUUAGGAAUAAUUAAAGAGAUCUGUAACAUUAGUUGCUCUAAAAUGACGGAUCGAUUGACCUUAAAGAUAAACAUACAUACUUAUGACUUAAUACUAAGAUCUGAUUUGACUUAACAUACUCGUAAGUUGUACGUUUUAUCCUAAUAUUUGUAUAUUUUACACGAUUCCUUAGCCUACUUUGUACAAUAUCUUAUUUACAAAUUUUAAAACAUGUUUGAAGAUUUUUUCCAUAUUUCAUAGACUAGCAUAACUAAUCCUACUUAAUAUUAUAAGUGUGAAAGUGUGGAUGUUUGGAUGUUUGUUACUCAAUCAAAAAAAUAGUUUUUAUAAAAAUAAAUAAGUAACAAAUAUAUCUUCGUCUACGUUUUGCGUAAAAUGCUAUAUAUUUUUUAAGUGUACUAUAUUUUUUUAUAGCUUAGUCUCAAAAAUACUAUAUUACACUGAAGAAAUGUUGGCAACCCUAUCCAGAACAUCGAUGUACGAAAUCCGAGCCCCCGAAGCUUAAUGAAUAGACGACGAAGCGAGUCUACUGGCGUAGUCCAUUUAAAGACUCUUUAGGGAUAGGAUCAUAAUAUAAUAAUAUUAUAAUUAUAUUAUAAAGAGGAAACCUUCGUAUUUUUGUAUGUUUGUAUUGAAUAGGCUCAAAAACUACUGGACCGAUUUCAA